AUGGAUAAUGUUUUUGCAUCACGCAGCUAUCGGCCCGUCCCUAAGGCAGAGGCUGACAGCGAUGUUGAAGACGAUAACGCAACCCUGACACGCCGUCCUGGCCGUCGUUUCGCGCAGCAGUUCCUCAAACGCAAUUUGACCGCGAUCACCGUCACCGGCCUUCUUCUGAUCAUUUUGAUGCUCGUUAUUGCCAUUAUUGCUGCUAUCGCCAUUGAGCCCCUCCGCCAGAUUCUCGUCCUGAAAUGGUCCGCUGGUCCCGCAGACCAAACUGGUCAACGCCAGUGUCUGCCCGCCGCACCACGGACCCUGCUCUCCUGCGGCAAUUCAACCACUGAAGCUGAGGCUCUGGGCUGUACAUACGACCCCUUAUCGGCAUGCUGGUUGCAUCACGACUGUCCACACGAUUACUCGGAUGUCUUUUCGCAUUUUAACAACGGCAAGCCGUUUAUUUACUACUACGACGAGGCGGCCACCCGCCAGAUGAAAGACUAUAACGAGGUCGGCCACAACGCGAACGGCUUCUACUGGACUUCUGUACGCGAGCACCUCGUGCAUUGUCUGUAUCUGCUGAGACGAGGUCACGAUGUCCACAUGCGCGGCGAUCGUCUCGACUCAAUGCUCUCGGAUAUCGGCCAUGUGGAUCACUGUACGAAUUUCCUGGCCAAUUGGCUGCGCAGACCGGACCCGGCCCUCGAACACCUGGGUACACAAGGCAAAACGGACUGUUUCAUGUCCUGCAACUGA